GCGCGCCGGCUGGCCGGGAGCUUCGGCGUCGGAAGGCGUGAGCGGCGAGUGAUCGCCGGGCGAUCGCUGCAGUGGGCGCAGGACCAAAGCCCUGAUGUUUGAACUGGAAGCCUCAGAACUUUUAAAAGAAAUAUCAAAAUGGCUUUGAACCAUUCAAGCUAGAAAUUCCCUCAGAAUACUGCCUUCAGCAUGCAUCUCCUCUGGAGAGGAGCUUCCUAAUGAUCGUUCUGCAGACAGCCACUGACGCUCACGGAACCAGAUUCGUGGAUUUGAUUUUUGCUGGUAGAAUUCUCUUGCUAUAUUAUAUUCUCUCCCAGAGUUCUAAAAGGUGUCGAGAUAUACAUGGAACCGAAAGGCCUACGAGGAAGGGAAGUGACACUUUCAUGGUGAAUGAAAACUAAGCAAAUGACGGUUGUGACUGAAAAUACUUAGACCUGUCGCAUUUGUAUUCACUGGAUUGGAGAAACAGUAGAACAGUCACUGCUGGGGAGAAAGAAGUAAUACUGGAAAAAAAAAAAUAAAGAGAAUGAGGGUGAUCGGAAAAUAAAUGGCCACCUCCAUUGCAACGGGGACGAAGUCAGCCUCUUGGUGGAAUUACUUUUUCCUUUAUGAUGGUUCAAAGGUAAAGGAAGAAGGAGACCCAACGAGAGCUGGCAUUUGUUAUUUUUAUCCUUCUCAGACCCUGCUUGACCAACAGGAGUUGCUUUGUGGACAGAUUGCUGGAGUUGUCCACUGUGUCACUGAGAUUUCUGGCUCUUCUCCCAAUCUCAUUCGUCUGCGGAAACUUAAGUUUGCCAUAAAAGUUGAUGGAGAUUACCUCUGGGUGCUAGGCUGUGCUAUGGAUCUCCCGGAUGUCAGCUGCAAGCGGUUUCUGGAUCAGCUCAUUGGCUUCUUUAGUUUUUACAAUGGACCUGUGUCUGUGGCUUACAAGAACUGUUCCCAGGAAGAACUGAGCACAGAGUGGGACACCUUCAUCGAACAGAUUCUGAAAAACACCAGUGAUCUGCAUAAGAUUUUCACUUCCCUGUGGAACUUGGACAAAACCAAAGUGGAGCCCCUGUUGUUGCUGAAGGCGACCCUCAUUCUGCAGACCUGCCAGCGCUCGCCUCACAUCCUAGCUGGCUGCAUCCUCUACAAGGGACUGAUUGUCAGCACCCAGCUGCCACCAUCCCUCACUGCCAAGAUCCUGCUUCACCGAGCUGCUCCAGAGGACAAGAGAAUACCUGAAGGAGGCGAAGCCCUGCAGGUACACGGAGCUGUGCUGCCCCCAGAUGUCCAGGUCAUGCCUGUUUUCGUGACCAAAGAGGAAGCUGCUGGUCUCCAUGAAUUCCCAGGGGAGGAGAUGACUAGCUCUCCUGCCUCUCCAGCCAGACUCCAGGACGGCUCAGCCCAGCACCCCCCAAAGGACUGGAGCACAUCUGCACUGAAAGAAAAUGCCACUGGCCACGUGGAGUCCAAGGCCUGCCCAUUGGUGACUACCCUGGAGCCCACGGCCCCUGCCUUAGCUUGGCCACAUAGCAAGGGGGAGAACGGCCUCUUGUCUGGCCUUGAUCUGGAGAACUUCCAGCCCAAGAAACCAUACAGCACUGCCACCAGGAGCAAGGGCUCUGCUCUCGGCUUCUCCUUGGUGAGGGAACCUGGUUUUUCCCCAGAGGAGCUAGACUUGUCUGAAGUCCACAUUCCGAGAGCUCGGGAAAUGGAAACAUUCUCAGGCCUUCUCGCUUUCCCGCGUGAGUGUACCCCAGGUGGCGGUGGCUCAGGCCACAAGGAGUCUGUUAGUGACGCUGGCCACCUGGAACUCGAGCUGCCUGAGGACCUGCCUGGGGACACAGCCACCAGCGGCCCCCUUUCUCCCUCCCUUCUUGAGAUGCCCAUCCAGAACGGAGCCCUAGAACAGCCUGAAGACUGUCCUGAUGACAGCAGCCAAGCCCUCAACCCCAGAGAAAACCCUCUCCCCAGAAGGACUGACCUGCCAUCGCCGUCAGCUCACUUAGAUUCGAGGCAGAGAGCAAAGAGACUUCCCGUGGAGGAGCACAGCGUGGAUCAGUGUUUUGAAGGGGUCCAGGAGAGCUGCUUCACCCCUGGCCUGCCAUGCAGUUCAGGCUGGGCAGACUCUCAGGGCUGUGAGCCCCCUGCAGACGGGGGUGACUCCGCUGUGACCCCAGCAGGGUCCCGCGUGGGACUGGUGAGGAUGAGCCUCUACACUCACAAUGUUAAAGGGCUGGUGCUGUCCCUGCUGGCUGAGGAACCACUGCUGCAAGACGGCUCAGCCAUCGAGGAGGUGUACCACAGCAGCCUGGCAUCCCUGAACGGGCUGGAGGUCCACCUGAAGGAGACGCUCCCCAGAGAUGAGGCCACCUCCACGACCAGCACAUACAACUUCACGCAUUACGACAGAGUCCAGAACGUGCUGAUGGCAAACCUCCCACAGGUGGCUACCCCCAAGGAUCGCCGCUUCCUCCAGGCAGUCAGCCUGAUGCACUCAGACUUCGCGCAGCUGCCUGAGUUGUACGAAAUGACCGUCAGAAAUGCCUCCACAGCUGUGUACGCCUGCUGCAACCCUGUCCAGGAAACUUAUUUCCAGCAGCUGGCAGCCCCGGCACGGAGCUCUGGCUUCCCCAGUCCCCAGGACGGUGCCUUCAGCCUCUCGGGCAAAGCGAAGCAGAAGCUGCUGAAGCAUGGGGUGAACCUACUUUGAACUGUGCCCACAGUAGGGAGUUUAGUACCCCAGGAGAUCACUAUAAACUAGAAUACCAGCAAAAGAAGCUCCACCUUUUUGAGUAGAAAAGGUUCCUCUAUUUUUUUUCUUUCUUGGAAUAUUCCCUUUUUUAGGAAUGUGAUAAUAUUUGAGUUUUAGUCAUUCCUUUUGCAGGUGGGGGGGGCGGGUAGUUCUUCAGGCCAGCAGCCCUCGAGCGCUUGAUGGAGAGCUUUAUUUUGUGGGUGGUGUUGGGCCAAGAGGGGGCUUUGGCUUCUUACACCAAAGAGGGGCAGGUCAGGUAGCGGACCCCGUUUCGCUCAUUUACCGCUGCUGCUCCAUCCUCGCCUUAACUCGUGCCACGACACUGCAGGCUAUCCCUGUCCUAGAGUGUCUGUCCGACCCCAUUGCCAGGGUGGGCAGGAGGAGGUGUGACUGCACUAUCAGCAGAUGGAUUCUUUGGAAUAUCCACAGUGAGGGCAAAUCUUGAUAAUGCGGAAGGAAGUUUGGGGUUUAGAGAUAAUUAGAGGCUGUGGGCUGCCAAGCCCAGAGGAUUAGGUGCUGCCUUGGGUUAGAAAUGGGUCGUGCGGCUGGUUACUCUUGAGCGAGUGCCCUCAAAUAGGAGCUUCCAAGCUGUUUUGGGGCAAAAGCAGAAGAACCGUGCUUUUCAGCGGUGCUGUGUGACAGGGCACAGCAUUCAUUUGUAUGCUUCUGAUGUAUGAUGUCAGCUUUACUACAUUAAAGUCAGAUAUUUUAUGAUAAUAUAAUAUAGGUCACAGGAUGAAAAUAUUUACCAAAAUCUCAACUGAAUGGUUAUUGGAAGUCCCUGAGAUUCCGGUUGAAAACUGUGAUGUUAAUAAUUUCAUGUUAAUGAACAAACGUGUAAUAUUUAUGGCAAGAAGUAGUUUUCUUGAAACAAGCUUCCAAGGGCUAAAAAAUAAAAUAGGCAAAAAUGCUA